UAGUUAAUCCCAGCAGGAACCCAGCAAAGAGGAACUCUCAAAGCACAUACCCUUCUGUUACUUCCUACUAAAAAAAGAAGGAAAUUAUUACUAAUAUAUGAGCUCAUCCCAUGGCCCUGAACCAUGUGAUUUUACCUGGACAACCUCAUUUUGAGCUUACGAUAACCUUGUGAUAUAGGGAUUUUUACCCCAAUUUUUCAGAGGAGGAAACUGGCUUAAAAUUUGGGGUCACUUGCCUGAAAUUAUAUAGCUGGUAAAUGACAGAGGGAGGUUUGCAUCCGGUUCUUCCAUAUGUGACAAUACCUGGUAUUCCUUAGGUGCUGAAUACGUGUUUGUUUAGCCUCCUUUCUGCCUACAUGCUCACCCAAGCAGGUGUCAGGAAGCGCAGACGUUCAGGGGCCCUGACACUCAGCCUUUCCUGGAGGGGCCCCAGUUCCGUGAGUAGCACGGUGCCAACCCCAUCAGAAUAUUACCACAUGUGUCAAUCACACACCUUGUGGUGAAAGCGAGCUGACUGCACUGAUACAUGAAGACAUUUCUGACUCCUCCCUGACCUUCAGCCUGCUGGGAGAGAGACUGGAAGGCCAGCCAUGCUAGGUGACAAGCUUCUGAGAGGCAAAGUUCCCCUCCCCACGAUGUACCCAGCCACUAUUCCUGUGUGUGUGUGGCGGGGUGGAUAGCACCCUUGGAGCUGGGCAUCUGGAUGGUGGUUGGGGUGUUAGGGGGAUGUGGCGAUCCCUGCGACAGACAGCAGAGUGAGGUCUGAAUCUGAGAAGCUCUGCCUCCAGAUCAGAUAACCUAUCGCACUCCCAGAGGCCCCCUCCUCCUGAAAGGACUUUAGUCUUUGGAGCUGUCACCUGAGCUGAGUGGGACAAGAGCUCUGCAGGGCAGGCCACACUGCGAAGGAAGGAGGCAACACGGGCAAGGGCUGCCUGCUGCCCGCUGGAGACCGCACCAUGGAGCCAGGCGGGGCCCGUCUGCGUCUGCAGAGGACAGAAGGGCUGGGAGGGGAGCGGGAGCGCCAACCCUGUGGAGAUGGAAACACUGAGACGCACAGAGCCCCGGACUUGGUACAAUGGACCCGACACAUGGAGGCUGUGAAGGCACAAUUGCUGGAGCAAGCGCAGGGACAACUGAGGGAGCUGCUGGAUCGGGCCAUGCGGGAGGCUAUACAAUCCUACCCAUCACAAGACAAACCUCUGCCCCCACCUCCCCCAGUUUCCUUGAGCAGGAGCCAGGAGCCAUCCCUGGGGAAACAGAAAGUUUUCAUCAUCCGCAAGUCCCUGCUUGAUGAGCUGAUGGAGGUGCAGCAUUUCCGCACCAUCUACCACAUGUUCAUCGCUGGCCUGUGUGUCUUCAUCAUCAGCACCCUGGCCAUCGACUUCAUUGAUGAGGGCAGGCUGCUGCUGGAGUUUGACCUACUGAUCUUCAGCUUCGGACAGCUGCCAUUGGCGCUGGUGACCUGGGUGCCCAUGUUUCUGUCCACCCUGUUGGCGCCGUACCAGGCCCUGCGGCUGUGGGCCAGGCAGGGGGCCAGGGGCACCUGGACGCAGGUGACGGGCCUGGGCUGUGCGCUGCUAGCCGCCCACGCCGUGGUGCUCUGCGCGCUGCCGGUCCACGUGGCCGUGGAGCAUCAGCUCCCGCCGGCCUCCCGUUGUGUCCUGGUCUUCGAGCAGGUUAGGUUCCUGAUGAAAAGCUACUCCUUCCUGAGAGAGGCUGUGCCUGGGACCCUUCGUGCCAGACGAGGUGAGGGGAUCCAGGCCCCCAGUUUCUCCAGCUACCUCUACUUCCUCUUCUGCCCAACACUCAUCUACAGGGAGACUUACCCUAGGACGCCCUAUGUCAGGUGGAAUUAUGUGGCCAAGAACUUUGCCCAGGCCUUGGGAUGUGUGCUCUAUGCCUGCUUCAUCCUGGGCCGCCUCUGUGUUCCUGUCUUUGCCAACAUGAGCCGAGAGCCCUUCAGCACCCGUGCCCUAGUGCUGUCUAUCCUGCAUGCCACGUUGCCAGGCAUCUUCAUGCUGCUGCUCAUCUUCUUUGCCUUCCUCCAUUGCUGGCUCAACGCCUUUGCCGAGAUGCUACGAUUUGGAGACAGGAUGUUCUACCGGGACUGGUGGAACUCAACGUCCUUCUCCAACUACUACCGCACUUGGAACGUGGUGGUCCAUGACUGGCUGUACAGCUACGUGUAUCAGGAUGGGCUGCGGCUCCUUGGUGCCCGGGCCCGAGGGGUAGCCAUGCUGGGUGUGUUCCUGGUCUCUGCAGUGGCCCAUGAGUAUAUCUUCUGCUUCGUCCUGGGGUUCUUCUAUCCCGUCAUGCUGAUACUCUUCCUUGUCAUUGGAGGAAUGUUGAACUUCAUGAUGCAUGACCAGCGCACUGGCCCGGCAUGGAACGUGCUGAUGUGGACCAUGCUGUUUCUAGGCCAGGGAAUCCAGGUCAGCCUGUACUGCCAGGAGUGGUACGCACGGCGGCACUGCCCCUUACCCCAGACAACCUUCUGGGGGCUGGUGACACCUCGAUCUUGGUCCUGCCAUACCUAGAGGUCAGGACAGACGAUGCUACCUGCCCAGACACCACCAAGUUCUCUGCCUGCAAAACCUGGGACCAGGACUUCUGUCUGCAUUCCCAAAUUUGGCUCUGAGUCGAGGCAACCUGCACACAAGACCCCACCAAGGAAUGUGCAAGGACUGAGAUCUGCAGACUUGUGGGUAACUGAUCACAGACCUCAGCAUGGGGGUGACCAGGGUGACUCUUCAAUCCCUAUCCCCAUGGGCUGGGUACAGGAUAUCCUCCUACCCCAUGACUGUCUUAGGGAGACUUGGGGUACCUUAUGGAUUUGAUGAAUGUGGGGGAACUCAGAGGAACUGGGGCCACCAAGGUUGGAAAAGGGUUUGGUUCAUGACUUUGUAUUCCUUCCAAUACAGCAAUAAACUUUGUCUCCCUUUUUAUUCA